AUGGGAAUCCAAUCCUUGGAUACCACAGAUAUUCAUAAAAUCACAUCUGGACAAGUGAUUAUUGAUUUGCGUAGUGCAGUAAAAGAAUUGAUAGAGAAUAGUCUGGACGCGAAAGCUGACAAGAUUGACAUUGUAUUCAAAAAUUACGGCAUAGAAUCUAUAGAGUGUACGGACAAUGGAACUGGAAUUUCUGAAUCAGAUUUAGAUAAUAUUGGUCUAAAACAUCGUACUUCAAAAAUUUCUAGCUUUGAGGAUGUUUCUAAAGUGACAUCGUUUGGUUUUAGAGGAGAAGCCAUAGCUUCGUUAUGCCAAAUGGGUAAUGUCUCCAUAACUACCACUACAAAGGGUCCUAAAGCUUACAAAGUGGUUAUUACGCAUGGAGGCAAACGUACAAAGACUGUAUGCUCAAGGAAUACAGGAACAACUAUCACGGUAUCGAACCUCUUCGAUACGUUACCUGUACGAAAGAAAGACUUUGUUAAGAACCAUAAAAGGCAAUUCAGUAGGAGUGUUGAAUUGAUUCAAAGUUAUGCUUUAAUUCAAACAAAUGUUAAGAUUUCGGUAAGUAAUAUUCUUCCAUCUGGGCGCAAAACUGCAGUAUUGUCAUCCACUGGGAAGUCUGAUUUAAAAAGGAACCUUCUUUCUAUAUUUGGUUCAAAUGCUAUAAAGGGGCUAGAAAAUAUAUCACUAGAACUCUCUGUGUCAAAUAUCAGACAUAAUUCAAUACUUCCGGAAAGCUUCCAAAAUGAAGAUAUGGGAGAUGAAAUAAAAAUUCAGGUAACAGGUAUGAUAUCCAUGAUAUCUUUUGGGUGCGGAAGGGCAACUAAAGAUCGACAAUAUAUCUAUAUCAAUGGAAGACCGGUUGAAUAUCCUAAAGUUGCGAAAACAGUUAACGAAAUGUACCAAAGCUUUAACAAUAUCCAAUAUCCAACCUUCGUCUUAAAUUUCAUAAUUGAUCCUAAGUUUUUAGAUCUAAACAUCACUCCAGACAAAAGAACAGUAGUUUUGCAUUACGAAGAGUACGUUUUAGACGCAUUUAAAGAGGAAUUAAAUAUAUUCUUCCAAAAACAAGGUUUUGUGGUUCCUAAAUCUGACAAUAAUUCAACACGAAUCACGAAUAACAAACGUAUCAAACUUGAGUCUCUUUCACAGGACAUCCCAAAUGAUGAUGAAAAUACCAAUAAUCAUUCGACGAAAGUUAGAAGAAUAAUAAAGGAGGAGGAAUAUGAAAUAACCCCAUUCAAAGAAAACAGCAUACCGCCUUUGAUCGACGAAGAGGAAAAGACCGAAGCGCAAGAAAUCAAAAAGAAAAAAUGGCAACCUGAAAGUGAUGCGCUGGAUGACGAUGUACGAGUUGAACCUGAUUCUAUGGAUGUGGAUGUAAAAUUCGAAGAACCGAAAAAGAGCUCAACAUGCUCUUCUCCAAUUCUUGCACCUUCAAUGGACGUUAACGCGGAAGAAACAUCUUUAUCAGAUACUAACACUCAUGUGGUUAAGGAACAAACUCCACAUUUUCCACCGGAAGCUGAUACUCAACCCACUGAAAUGGAUAAAUCAUCUGAAAUCAGUAUUACCGAUGAAGUUGAUCUAUCUAUAAGUGAAGUCCUUCCCUCAAAAUCUGUGAAAAUAGGCCAAUCUAAAUUGGAUUCUUUUCUUCAUCGGCGGUCUUCUGUAGUUUCUAUUGAAGAACCUGUUCUAGAUAUCGACGAAGUUGUAGUAAACAUUGAUAAUAAUAUAACAACGAUACCUGCUUCACAAGAUGGAAGUAACGCUUUGGUAUUUCAUCCCCAACAUGUAAACGAUCACAAUUGCAGUCAUACCCAUCAUAGUACUCCGGACUCAUCAUUAUCGGAUAAUGACCAUUUUGAGGAAGACAGAAGCAGCCAAUCUAUGGAAGAUAGAGAUGGUUCUGCCCAAUCGUUAAAGUUCAAUUUACCAGAGGGUAUCAAAAAUGAAAUAGUCUCUCCAAUGGCACAAGAAAUCCAUAACCUAUUUACAACAUUCCAUAUUUCAUUGAAGACGGAAGUGCAAAGGGCCAAGCAAGUGGUAAAUUGCAUAGAAAUGGAUAGAGCCAUCAAACAUGAGAGAUUAGUCAAUGAAAUAGCGUCGAUUGAAGAUAAAGAAAAAGCCGAAGAUUUAUUAAGUUUAACAGUUUCAAAAAGCGAUUUUAAGAAUAUGAAUAUUGUUGGACAGUUCAAUCUUGGGUUUAUUAUUGUUACAAGGUGUAAAAAAGAUUCGUUUGAUCUCUUUAUCAUUGACCAGCAUGCAAGUGAUGAAAAGUAUAAUUUUGAAUCAUUACAAAAGAAUACUGUGUUCAGAUCCCAAUCAUUGCUAGCUCCAAAGACCUUAGAAUUAAGUGUUAUUGAUGAAUUAUUAGUCAUGGAGUAUGAAAAUGUCUUUUCAAAGAAUGGAUUUAAACUUCAGAUUGAUCCUGAAGAAGAUCCAGGAAAAAGAGUAAAACUUGUCAAAUUUCCCGUGUCAAAAAAUACCACAUUCACUGAAUAUGACUUUCAUGAAUUAAUUCAACUUAUUAGAGAACAUGAAGGACACAAUAUGUCAGCAAUUAGAUGCUCUAAAGUACGCUCCAUGUUUGCUAUGAGAGCUUGUAGAAGCAGUAUCAUGAUUGGUAAACCUUUGAGCCAUAGAACAAUGAAAAAAGUAGUGAGUAAUUUAGGUGAAUUGGAUAAACCUUGGAAUUGUCCUCAUGGGCGACCAACUUUACGCCAUCUAAUGGAACUCAAAGAUUGGGACUCUUUCUAUGAUGAUUAUAUGAUAUAA